ACAUUGCUUGGCAUCAAAAGAUCUAGGAAAGGUGCAGCGUGGCAGAAGUCGCUUGGACGGGUGUUGCACUUGCAAAUGUGGCGCGCAAACUUAGAACCAAAGAUUUUAUGCUUUGACAGCAGAUACUGUAGUGUCGGCUAAAAUGACACACGGGCUAGGACUUGCGAGCAUGCUUUCGUAAGUUUCGAUUGUUUCUAGCGAAGUAAAAAGCCGUUGUUGACUAUCGAGUGCCGUUAUCUAUUACAUCAAUGUUAGCAAGCUGAUAACAAUACAUAAGCACACAGCGCGGCUUUGGAACUCGCCGGUCUACCGCUGUCUUGGUCAAUAUUCUGGCUGCAGCAACAUUAGCAGCAGCAGAACUGUUAACAUUGAGCGAUGGAAACACCCGGAGAUCAAGCGACAGCAGCUGAGGCUGAGGUCGUGGACCUUGACUUCGAGAAGUUUCUCUCCGUGGCGUUGGCUGAAACUCCCCCGGACAUUGCGGAUCAGCUCCGGGCGGGCCUGAGGAAGCGCUAUGACAAGCCGCCAGUCGAGGCGCUGGAGCUGUGCCUGGGGCGCAACGUGCCCCUGGCCAGGGCCCGGCAGCUGCUGUUCCACCCCGGCGAAGAUGACAUGCGCGUGUACCCGGACCUCAUAGCCAUGCCGCCAGCCGGCGCUCCUGACAGCCACCCGCAGCGCGUUGUCCAGGUGUGCUCCCUUGCAUCGCUGUAUCUGGUGCACAGCAAGAGCUGGGAGACGGUGCGGCCCUUCGUGGAGGCGGGCGGCCUCAAGCAGCUGGCGCUGGUGCUGGCGCACCCCAACCCCUACCUGGCCUCUCAGGCCAUGUCGGCGCUGAUGCACAUCACCGAUGAGGACCUGCUCUUCCCCUGGCACGACCCGCCCGCAACACCCGACGGCCGCGGGCCGCGCUCCGGGCCGUACGCCUUGGUGUGGCGCCGCAUGUACGAGCUGAGCAGCAGUAGCCCCUUCCUUGCGCACCUGCUGGCGCACUACCGCCCGGGGGCUGAGCCCGUGUUCCCGGGCGCCUCGGGCAUGGCGCUGCGGCUGUUCGCCUUCUACGUGUCCUGGAUGAGGCGGCACUUCACGCAGGACGGCAAGUUGUCGCUUAGCUCUGGCAUUCUGGAGCUGCUGCAGCACUGGGCGGGCGACAAGGUGGUAUCGGAGGACGAGCGCCAACUGGCCAACCAGCUAUAUCAGGACUUCAGCAGGUUCCCGUCCGCGAAGGCCACGAAGCCGUCGGAAUCGGAUGCGGGCGCCAGCGGCACGAGGCCGUUGCAGCCGCAGCAGCAGCACCACCUGGGCGGCCUGGACGGGGGCGACGACGAGGAGCCGGAGCACCACGUGGCGGCGGAGGCCAGCCACAUCAACAGCGGGCCCAGCGCCGACAACGAGGCUGAGCAGCUCAAGGAGCGCGGCAACGAGGCGUACAAGCGCGGCGACUUUAGUGCCGCCAUCCACUUGUACAGCAGCGCGCUGGAUGUGCUGGUGCCCACGGAGCGCCUGCUGACGGAGGGGCCGCGCCGGGCCACUUACCACGCCAACCGCGCAGCGGCAUACAUGGCGCGGGCGGGCGCGCAGCUGCGGGAAGGCGACGCGGACACGGCGGGGCAUUUGGAGGGCGUGGACCACGGCUCUGAGGGGCUGGGCGCACGGCACCUGGAGGCCGCGGUGUUGGACUGUGACAUGGCGCUGCAGCUGGACCCCACCAGCGGCACAGCGCCCAAGACCUGCCUGCGCAAGGCGCGGGCGCUGCAGCGACUGGCGCGGGCGGAGGAGGCGGCGGUGGCGGCGCGGACGGGCUUGGACAAGUGCGCUGGAGGUUCGGAGGUGCAGCGGGAGCUGAGGGCGCUGGUGAAGGAGCUGGAGGAGCGGGUGGGGAGUGCGCCGGCGGAAACGCAGGCCGGGAGGGACGGCGGGAAGGAGGCGGUGUUAGGAGAGGAGCAACAGGGCAAUGCUGCGGUGAGGUAUGCAGGAGAGUCGGGUGCACCGGCCGCAUCGCCGUCCGCAGGGGAAGGGCCGACGAACUGGAACGACAUGGACUAGGCGAUGCAUGGAGUGCCGCAGUACCGGUACCUGUUGCGUGCGGCUGGUGCAUUGAAGCCUAACCAGAAGCAACU